AUGACACCGGGGACCCUGGAGAACAGCAGCAGCACGUCCUCCACCUUCCUGCUGAGUGGCCUUCCGGGCCUGGGGCACGUGCACCUCUGGGUCUCCAUCCCGCUGUGCUUCCUGUACCUGGUCUCCAUCCUGGGCAACUGCACUGUCCUUUUUAUCAUUAAGACGGAGCCCUCGCUGCACGAGCCUAUGUACCUCUUCCUGUCCAUGCUGGCUCUGACGGACCUGGGUCUGUCGCUUUGCACCCUCCCCACGGUGCUAGGCAUCUUUUGGGCGGGGGCCCGCGCUAUCGGUCACGAUGCCUGCUUCGCGCAGCUCUUUUUCAUUCACUGCUUGUCCUUCCUGGAGUCCUCCGUGCUGCUGUCUAUGGCCUUUGACCGCUUCGUGGCCAUUUGCCGCCCUUUGCACUACGCUUCCGUUCUCACCGCCACCGUCAUCGGCAGGAUGGGCCUGGCUUCCGUGGGCCGCAGUGUGGCGCUCAUUUUCCCUCUGCCGUUUAUGCUCAAAAGGUUCCCGUACCGAGGCACCCCCGUGCUCUCCCACCCGUACUGCCUCCACCAGGAAGUGAUGAAGUGGGCCUGCGCAGACAUCAGGGCCAACAGCAUCUACGGCAUGUUUGUCAUCGUUUCCACCGUGGGCGUGGACUUGCUGCUCAUUCUCCUCUCCUACGUCCUGAUCCUGCGCUCUGUGCUGUCCGUCGCAUCCAGGGCCCAGAGGCUGAAGGCGCUGAACACCUGCGCCGCCCACACCUGCGCGGUGCUCCUUUUCUACAUCCCCAUGAUUGGCCUGUCUGUCAUGCACCGCUUUGGGAAGCAGGCGCCUCAUCUGGUCCAAGUGAUCAUGGGCUUCGUGUAUCUUCUCUUGCCUCCCCUGAUGAACCCCAUCGUCUACAGCGUGAAGACCAAACAGAUCCGGGAUCGUGUGAUCCGUGCCUUUUGUCAUUAACUGGGUCUGGUCUU